UGUUUCAUUUGCCACCAAUACCAUGACCAUUACUCUACACUCCAUUCCCGGAAGCUCAGGUUAUUUGGACAUAUACCCUCAGAGGAAAGUCUCCGUCUUUAAGAACCCUUACAUUUUGGGCUUCACUGCUGUCGCUAGCAUUGGUGGAUUGCUCUUUGGCUUCGACACUGGUGUUAUAUCAGGAGCCCUUCUGUAUAUUAAAGAUGAUUUUGAGGUGGUCAGACAAAGUCAUUUUCUACAGGAAACAAUUGUCAGCAUGGCAGUGGCUGGUGCAAUUGUUGGGGCAGCAGCAGGUGGUUGGAUUAAUGAUGCUUAUGGACGAAAGAAGGCAACCAUCAUUGCAGAUGUUAUCUUUGCUCUGGGAGCAAUUGUCAUGGCUGCUGCACCAGAUCCUUAUGUUCUCAUACUUGGGCGUGUUUUGGUUGGUUUGGGCGUGGGUAUAGCUUCUGUUACUGCUCCUGUGUAUAUUGCAGAAUCUUCGCCAUCAGAAAUAAGAGGAGCAUUAGUGAGCACAAAUGUGCUUAUGAUAACCGGUGGACAGUUUCUUUCCUAUCUCAUAAAUCUUGCUUUUACACAGGUCCCUGGGACAUGGCGUUGGAUGCUGGGAGUUUCAGGUGUGCCAGCAGUAGUUCAGUUUUGCCUCAUGCUCUUCCUGCCUGAAUCCCCCAGAUGGCUUUUUAUAAAGAAUAGGAAUAACGAAGCUGUUGCUGUGCUUGCUAAGAUCUAUGACUUAGAUCGUUUAGAGGACGAAAUUGCUUUACUUACUAAUCAAUCUGAGCAAGACCGUCACAAAAGGGAUGAUAUCAGAUUCUGGGAUGUUUUUAAAUCAAAAGAAAUCAGACUUGCAUUCCUUGCUGGAGCUGGACUGCAGGCUUUUCAGCAAUUUACAGGUAUAAACACAGUGAUGUACUACAGCCCAACUAUUGUCCAAAUGGCUGGCUUUCGCUCUAAUGAGUUAGCUCUUCUCCUCUCUCUCAUAGUUGCCGGCAUGAAUGCUGCCGGAACAAUUCUUGGCAUUUACCUCAUCGACCAUGCAGGACGGAAAAAAUUGACCCUAUAUAGCUUAGGAGGAGUCAUAGUAUCUCUGAUCAUCUUGUCCUUAUCAUUUAUUUACCAAUCAUCUGCAAAUGAUUUGUAUGGAUGGCUUGCAGUUUUAGGAUUGGUCCUAUAUAUUGCUUUCUUCUCGCCAGGGAUGGGGACUGUGCCAUGGACAGUAAACUCAGAAAUAUAUCCUGAAGAAUACCGAGCAAUAUGUGGAGGCAUGUCGGCUACUGUGAAUUGGGUUUCCAAUUUGAUUGUGGCACAGUCCUUUCUAUCAGUUGCUGAAGCUGCAGGGACUGGUCCUACUUUCUUGAUUCUUGCUGGUAUAGCUGUCCUUGCCUUUCUAUUUGUAGUUGUGUUUCUUCCAGAAACCAAAGGAUUGACUUUUGAUGAAGUGGAGUUGUUAUGGAAGGAGAGAGCUUGGGGCAAGAAUCCCGACACUCAAUGCCUUCUUGAACGUGGAAAUCAAUCCUAGGAAUGCAACCUUUUUCAUUUAAUUAUGGGAUACGUUAUUUUACCCUUUUUUUUUCUGUUUAUUUUUGCCUACAGCUUUUUUAUUACAUUUAUCAUUUCUCUCUUCUAUUAAGAUUCUGAUCUAACAAUAUUAAAGAGUGGUAGAAAAAAAAGAGAUAAAGUAAAAUAAUGGAUCCUUUAAAUAUAGUGCAUUUGUAUGUUGUUAUGCUAUCAUUGGUAAGAGUAUAGGACAGGCAAGAAGGGAGAAAAGUGAACUAGUGUUGUUAUGCUAUGAGUGAUAAUAUUUUUAAUAAAUGAUUUCU